GAGAGGAAAAUGAAAGUAAAACAAUUUCCUAAUGUUACAUAAGCCCAAUGCAACUAUCCCCAAGGGCAUAGAUUAGCAUGUUCAUCUGAGUUUUCCAAUAUUCCAGUUAUGUGAGUUGAUUCAUCUCUCCAUGAUGAAAGGUCUCAACUCUGGCAGCUGUAGGGAUGCUAGUAACAAAAAAACUGAAAUUUUCAAGAUGUCACAAUAUAUCCCCAAAGGAUCUAAUGUUAAUGAAAGUAAUUCUCUUGUAACUCCUAGCAAAGGCAAGACCAGCCAGUCAAAUAUGGUGGCCUGCUGACAUCAUGAAAGAAAGAUCCACAUCCCAGACAUGUUUUGGUGCAAUUUUAUGGAAAUCAUUCCAGUGCAUGGAUUAAUCCAAUGAUAGAUAUUUCUCCAUUUGAGGAUUCUUUUGAAGAAAGGAGCACCAACCCUUCUAGACAUUUUCACCAGGCUCUAAAAGAAGCCUUACUGAGGAAGGAACAGCUCAGUUUUUACAAAAAGUUGAGUUCUGAUAAGUUUUCUCGCUGCAAUCGGCAAAAUCAUUCAUCUGAUAAAUGGACUUCAUGUACCUCAAGCGCUACAGUAGAUGAUUUUCUAGAGAGAGGAAGGGGCAAGAGGGAACGUGAACGCAAAGUUCAUUUUGAUGACGUGACAUUUCCACUGAAAUCAGAAGGAAAGGCUCGUCGGUUAAAGAUAAUGCGGUACCUUGGCCUUGUAGCUCCAGUUGGUUCUCCAUUUUGA